CUUCCUAUCCUCUAUCCUCUCUUCUCCUCUUUUCCUCUUUCCUUCUCCUUUCAUUCCGUUCACAUUUCUAAUCAAGAUUUUCAGUCUCAGUUUUGUCGUGCAGUCUUUCUCAGCUCAUCGUCGAGGAUCGUCUAUUCCUUUAAAACACAACAGUAAACUUCGACUUCUAUCUUUCGUUCUAAGGUCUUCAUUUAUCGAUUAUCCGGUAGUACUGCAGAUAAAAGAAGAAAUGUCUCCCACUCAGUAUUAUCACGUGCAGUGCACGCCGACCGUCUAUCCGGCUGACCCUUUCAACACCGAGGAAGAUGCAGCUCUGUUGAGAACAGCGAUGAAGGGUUUUGGUACCGAUGAACAAACAAUUAUCGAUGUCCUUGCUCAUCGUGGAAUUGUUCAACGUAUGGAAAUUGCGGAAAAAUUUAAAACGAUGUACGGCAAAGAUCUAAUCUCCGAAUUGAAAUCCGAACUUGGCGGGAAUUUUGAAAAAGCUAUUGUCGCCUUGAUGACACCUCUGCCAGAAUUUUAUGCCAAAGAAUUGCACGAUGCAAUUUCUGGAAUGGGUACGGAUGAAGGUGCACUCAUUGAAGUUCUUGCAUCUCUCAGCAAUUAUGGCGUCAAAACGAUAGCUGCUGUUUACAAAGAGUUAUAUGGCUCUGAAUUGGAGGAUGACCUCAAAAGUGAUACUUCCGGUCAUUUCAAGAGGCUUCUAGUUUCACUAUCAUGCGCAAACAGAGAUGAAAGUUCGGAAGUUGACUUAGCAGCCGCAACAGAGGAUGCAGAGAAAUUAUUAUCUGCUGGUGAAGAACAAUGGGGAACUGAUGAGAGUACAUUUAACGCUGUACUGAUUACAAGAAGUUUCCCACAAUUAAGACAAAUUUUUAAAGAAUACGAACGCCUUGCUGGCCAUUCCUUGGAAGAAGCUAUCAAACAAGAAUUUUCAGGUUCUCUAGAAGAUGGUUAUCUCGCAGUUGUGAAAUGCGCUCGAGAUAAAACUGCAUACUUUGCAGAAAGACUUUACAAAGCUAUGAAUGGAAUUGGUACGACUGAUUCAACUUUAAUACGAAUAAUAGUAGCUAGAUCAGAAAUUGAUUUGGGUGACAUCAAGGAGGAUUAUCAAAAGAUUUAUGGAACAUCGCUUGCAGGUGACAUCGAUGAUGACACUUCCGGUGACUACAAGAGACUCUUGCUUGCCCUACUCGGAUGAAAACGUUCCGAUCGUUCAACAACUAUUUUUUGCUUUUUAAAUCGUAUUUUAAUACUAUGGAUGAUACGUAAUGAUUUUCUGUUCUAAAAUUUUUUAGAAAGUUCAUUAAUUUCUUCUUAAUAUAUUAUUAUCACGAUCGAGAGGGUGAAUAUGAUUUGACAUGUAUGUGUUUAUUCAAAUAGUUUUCUGAAUUCAUUUUUUUUCUUUUUCCGUCGAAUAAAAUGCAGACAAUCUCAUUUAUAGAUCAUGCUGUUCUGCGUUUUCUAAAAUGGUAUUAUACGAACCUUUUAAAAGAAAGGAUUAAUCGAAGCCUUACGAGAUAAAGGUUGUAAGCUAUUAUCAAAAAGAAACAAAGAAAAAUAUGUAUUUCCAAAUUUUUCGUUAAUUAAUAAAUCUAUCGAUUAGCAUUCGAUCAUUACGUUAUCCGAUUUAUAGCUUUCACAGUUAGGGGCUUCGAUAAAUGAAAAUGUAAUUGUAACACGAGGGUUGUGCCGAUUAAUUAAUAAUACAUACAAUUAAUACAAACAUAUACACGUGUGUAAAUUAACCAAGUAUACUAAUUGCAAUUUAUUUUUUCGAGCAUGCAUGCACAUGUAUACUUUGGCGUGUGGUAUACAUUUCUUUAUAUAUUAUAUAUAUAUAAAUAUAGAUAUAAUAUAUAUGUGAAUACAAGGAAAGAUUAUGGUACAAAUAUUCGCGCACGAUUGCUUCUAUGUUAACGCAAACUAUAAUUUAGUUCCAAAAAUUCUUUCUUUUA